UGAUACUUUGAUAGCACUUUAUCAGUCGUGUAUCACAGAUAAACAAUUUUGUCUCUCUCUCAAUUUUUUUUUGUUUUUUAUUAAUUUUUCAUUUGCCACCUGUUUUUACCCUUUGUGAGAAGAAGAGCCGGCACCGUGACUUCGGAAUGAGACGAGGCCUAAGUUAACAUUCCCUCCCAGGACAACCAACUUCAAAUAAGGAUUAUCGUCUAAAUGUAAAUGCACAAUGGAAGCACCUCAACCAGUUUACACUACAGUCGGAGCCCCGACUUCGCCUGUCAUUUAUGUAGAGAAUAAUAUUAGCUCCCUCUGUCGUCUCUGUGGAAAUGUCAAUGACUAUUUAAUUCCCCUCUUCUCUGGAGAAGGCGUUGAACAUGAACUGGAAUGCAAGAUCAACAAGCUUUUACCUGUAAAGGUUUCAAUAUAUGACCGUCUCCCAGAUCACAUUUGCUAUUCAUGCGCUUCUACAAUUAUUGCUUUUUAUAUUUUGUUGGAAAAUUGCAAAGAAGUAGAGAAAAAGUUAUCUUCUUUUUUCAUUAGUGAUAUUAAUAAAGAAAAAAAGGAAAUUGUAGGACCAAAUGAGACCUACAGUGUUGUGGGCUCUUCUUACCUAUGUGACGAAAUAGCUAACUGCAGAUCAAAAAGCAUGGCUUCAAAGCAAUUAAGCAACAAUAAUUGUGCUGACAAUACUGACAGUAGAAACACACCAGAUACGAGCCAAAAGGCACAUGUGGAUGAACCAGCCGACAAGAAUGGACAACCGAAAGACUCUAAAAAACAGAGAAAAAGGAAAAAACGAAGUAUCAGUACAUGCUUAAUUUGUGGCAAAGUAUUUAAUUUUCUAGAGUAUCUUAAGACACAUUUACUUAUACACUCUGAAAACAGACCACAUCUGUGUCAUAUAUGCGGUGCUACAUUUAAAAGGAAAGAUCACGUAAACCAUCAUAGAAGGACUGUACAUAUCACCCAUCGUGACGUUAUCAGGGAACUUGGUGCGAAAGGCGAAGAACCGUUGACGUGUGAAGUAUGCGGUGAUGUGAAACCAACGAGACAUGCAAUGCAAGUUCACAAAAAGAAGCAUAGCAAAGUUUGUUUAUGUGAUGUUUGUAAUAAAUCAUUUUCGCUUUCUUCAUUGCUAAAAGAGCAUAUGAUAAAAGACCAUGCGGAAGAUUUAUGCACUUGUAGUAUCUGUGGUGAUGUUAUGAAAUCUGGCCAUUCCCUCUACCUUCAUAAAAAGAAGCACCUAACCAGUUAUAUUUGUGAUGUUUGCGGUAAAAGUUUCUCUUUACCGUCCUCGUUAAGAACUCACAUGGUUGUUCAUUCAGACGAAAAACCAUUCACAUGCGAAGUAUGCGGGAAAUCUUUUAAACUCAAAGGAAGACUACAGUUGCAUAAAAAAAAUCAUGAAAAUAUUCGGCCUUAUGCAUGUAGUAUUUGUGAAAACAAAAGGUUUAAAACUAAAUCAGCCCUUAUAGUGCAUAGUAACAUGCAUAACGAUACGAGACUUUACCCGUGUCCACACUGUACAUUUAGAGCGCGGAAAAAUUCAGAUUUAGUUUGCCACAUCAGAACGCAUACAGGAGAAAAACCGUACAAAUGUGAUAUUUGUGGAAGAGGCUUUGCUCAGGCGGGUGACAUGAGAAAACACAGAACAACUCACGAUAAGCAAAAAAUGUGAUAAUGCCUUAUAAACAGAAGGCCAAUUUAUGCAUUGAUAUAAAUGACUUAUUUAUUAUUAUUAUUUGUUGUUGAACUGCAUAUAUUGUUUAUAAAUUGCAGUUCAUUGUAUGUACAUA